CGAAAGCGGACAAAUUAAAGAACUAAGAUUUGUUGUCGUUGUGAAGAUUUUUGUUAGAAACAUGGGUAAACCAACUGGACAUCUCUUGCGUCAACUGAGGUCUCUGAUGAAGAAUAAGCAUCAUUUACCUGAAGUGAUUCAAGCUUACAUCAUCCCAUCUGAAGAUGCGCAUCAGAAUGAAUAUCUAGCAUCAUGUGACCUAAGAAGAGAAUUUAUCAGUGGCUUUAGUGGCUCAGCAGGGACUGCAAUUGUCACAGAAACUAAAGCAGCACUAUGGACAGAUGGGAGAUAUCAUUUACAGGCAGAAAAACAACUGGAUGUAAACUGGACGUUAAUGAGGGAUGGGUUAUCUGAAACUCCAACUCAGGAAGACUGGCUGAUUCAGGAAUUACCCAGUGGAUCAAAGAUUGGUGUUGAUCCAUGGGUUAUUACACAUGGAAAAUGGGCCAAAAUGUCUCAGGGAAUGGUACUGAAGGUAUCAAUUAUUGCUUGUUGUUCAUCUGUUGGGGUCAACGAAGACCAUGUAGUCAUCCAGGGGGAGGAGAGAUCAACCAUGGAUGCCCAGGAGGCUGGCUAUUCCAUCCCAGCACUGAAGAGACAAGUGGGCAGGGGAUGGUGGCUGCAGAUGAGUCUGUCAGCAGCAGGACUGUCAUUAGUAUAUGCAGAGAAGAAUCUGGUUGAUCUGGUGUGGGCAGAUCACAAUCGACCUGACCCACCCUUUGAGGGGCUGAUGGUAUUGGACAUCUCAUUCACUGGAAAAACCUGGCAAGAAAAAGUAAAACAUGUGCGAGGAACAAUGAAAAAGAGGAAGGCUGAUGCACUAGUGGUGACUGCCCUGGAUGAAAUUGCAUGGUUGUUUAACUUGCGAGGCUCUGAUGUGACUUUUAAUCCUGUGUUCUUUGCUUAUGCCAUAAUCACUCAAGAUGAAGUAAGUUUGUUUAUUGAUGAUUCCAAACUUAACAAAGCUGUAUCUAAACACCUCGGCUUGGACAGUGAAAACGACAACAAUCAGACCAAAGUUACUGUGUGUCCAUAUGAGGGAAUAUCAGAUGCCGUCAAAGAAGCUGCUAAUAGUGGAGCUAGGAUUUGGAUUAGUUUGUCAUCCAGUGUUGCAUUAGUGAGGCUUGUCCCUAAGACUCAACUCAUCUCUGAUCCGUCGCCACUGGCUAGUAGCAAAGCAGUCAAGAAUGCAGUGGAAAUCGAGGGCAUGCGUGAAGCUCAUAUCAGAGAUGCCGUUGCCUUGUGUGAGUAUUUCUGUUGGCUGGAACAAAAGGUCCCUAAAGACGACCUCACAGAAGUCACAGGAGCAGCCAAACUAGAAGAAUUUAGAAGAGAGCAGGAAAACUUUGUAAGCCUGAGUUUUGAGACAAUCUCCGCUGUCGGUUCCAAUGGAGCAAUUAUCCAUUACAGACCAGCUGAGGAAACAGACCGUAUGAUUUCCAAAGAAGAGUUGUACUUAUGCGACUCUGGGGCUCAGUUCAAGGAUGGCACCACCGAUGUUACUCGCACGUGGCAUUUUGGUGUUCCUACAAAAUGGGAGCGAGAAUGUUUUACUCGUGUUCUGAAGGGACACAUUGCAUUGGCAAGAGCCGUCUUUCCCAACAAAACUACAGGUCAUAGACUAGAUACUUUAGCCCGCAUGGCCUUGUGGGACGCUGGAUUGGAUUACCUGCAUGGUACAGGGCAUGGGAUUGGCUCGUUUUUAAAUGUACAUGAAGGUCCACAGGGGAUCGGAUUCCGGAGCAGAGAGAAUGAAGCCCCUCUAGAAGCCGGCAUGAUGGUUACUGACGAGCCGGGUUACUAUGAAGACGGUGCUUUUGGAAUCCGUAUUGAAAAUGUGCUGCUUGUAAAACCGGUUGAACUGCAGAAUAAUUUUAAAGACAGAGGAUACCUAGGCUUUGAGCCAAUAACUCUGUUUCCAAUCCAAACCAAGCUUCUUAUGCCGUCUAUGUUAACAGCAGAAGAGGUUGAUUGGAUCAACUGGUAUCACGGCUUAUGUGCAGAGAAGGUUGGAUCAGCUCUGAGAGAACAGGGCCGUACAAGCGCACUGAACUGGUUAAUAAAAGAGACAGUUGCUUUAGGUUGAAUGUCUAGGUGACUAAUUUGCAUAUGACAAGAGCUGACAACUGACAGCUGAUCAGUGAGUUAGCAGACAUUUAGUUCAUGUUCGCGUUACGUCUGUUUGUCAGCAGUAAGAUAAGCUUUGUCCCUUUCAACGGAAAGGCAACGUGAAGUAGUGCUACAAGAAGACAGCAACUACAACAACAACAAACAUCAACAACAACAACAACAACAAAACGAACAAUCUGAAAAUAGUAUUAAAAUUUUUAGUUUCAUGAAGCAGAAA